AUGUCCCAAAUCGAGUAUAUUUGGAAGAUUGCGCGGCCGAAGAAUGACACUAUUGCAAAAGCUAUCAUGUAUACCGCUUAUCAGACGGCGAUUCAGACGGAUCCUAACCCAGUGCAAGUUUUGAUCCGAUCCUACGUGCACGCAACCACUAAAACUCCCGGUGGUAAAUUCAAGAAAGACCUGCCACACAUCACUGUACCAGUCAAGAAUCAAGCGAUGAUGGUUAGAAAGACACACAUUGCAAGCCAUGGGUAUACAACGAAAAUCCAGUCUGUCAAUGUCACUCGUGUUACACCUAGCGCGGCCAAGAAGGAUUUCAUCGGUUCAGCGUGGCCAGAUACAAUGAGUCAGAGACCCAAAGAGAGCCAUACUGGAACACCUAUGGAUCUGGGUCCGAACGAAUCAUUUUACACCUGGCCAUCGGAGCAGACAGGUCAAUGA